AUGGGAACACAUUAUAUUUCCACAGUCACUAUCUCAGUUGUUGUUUUACUUGCUUCCCUCAUUAUAAGUGUUGCUACAACCAAAGAAACAAUAUCAUUAGAUGUUGAUCUUCUUGAAUUUUCACUUAAUUUAGAGUACUUAGAAGCUGAAUUCUUUUUAUUUGGAGCAAUGGGAAUAGGAUUGGAUGGAAUUGCUCCAGAGCUAGCAGAUGGUGGACCCCCUCCUAUUGGUGCCAAAAUGGCCAAACUAAGGGACAAUGUGACCAGAGAAAUCAUUGGUCAAUUUGGCAUUCAAGAAGUUGGACAUUUGAGGGCUAUAAAAAGCACAGUGAAAGGGUUUCCUAGGCCUUUACUAGAUCUUAGCAAAUCAUCAUUUGCCAAGUUGAUGGACAAAGCCUUUGGAAGGCCUUUGCACCCUCCUUUUGAUCCUUAUGCAAAUGAUAUCAACUUUUUGCUUGCAUCUUAUUUGAUUCCUUAUGUUGGCCUUACUGGAUAUGUUGGAGCCAAUCCAUUCCUCCAAAAUGUUGCUUCCAGACAGUUAGUUGCAGGCCUUCUUGGGGUAGAAUCGGGUCAAGAUGCAGUUAUACGAACAUUGUUAUACGAACGUCGUGCAUUGAAAGUGAAACCUUAUGGAGUGAGUGUGGCAGAAUUCACUGAUCGCAUCUCAAAUCUUAGAAAUAUAUUAGGAAACGGAGGUUUGAAAGAUGUUGGUGUUAGUAACAUCCUUGUUGGUGAUGCAACUUCGCUCUCGUAUUCAAGGAGUCCGCGAGAAAUAUUGAGGAUUAUAUACGGAAGUGGUCAUGAAAGUAUCCCUGGUGGGUUCUAUCCUAAAGGAGGAAAUGGUCGUAUAGCAAGAUAUAACUUGCACACUACUUAAUUAAAGUUAUUAGAAUUGAUUCGCUUGUUAUUCUCUCUAUUUGUAAGACACCU